UUUGAGGCGCUUGUAGGAGUUGGCCUGGCCGUCUUCGGCGUACGUAUCUUGUCGUAUUAAUAAUACGCCUUAUGUAGAACUAACGAACUUCGAUGCAUACAAGACCGCAUAGAGCACUUUAGAUCAUCUAGGUAGCUCUUAUCAGGCUAAUAUAGCGUAGGCAGCAUCUAGAUAAUCCGUGUUAGAUACGCGAUAAGCAAGACGCUAGUCCCGACCACUCAGCCGUCGGACUAUCGUAGACCUAGCCAGCCUAGGGCUUACGCACGCUCUCCCUGGUUAAUAGCGAUUUGGGUUAGACAUUUUUGAUAGGAGCCAAUUACUCUGCUGGGGACAUCUGUCAACUUCAGCAGCAACUCCGUACAAGAAUGCGACGACAGCCUCGUCGAAAAUCAUUCCGGUUCAACCACCACUCCUGCACCUCAUUGACCUGUACCAUACCUGAACAGUCACACAAGUUUAAAGUCGUCCAGCUAAGAAGAUGGAGAACCAAGAUACUUUCGAGUUGUACUCGUUCUGGUGUUCUUCAUGCUGUCAGCGGAUCAUAAUUUCUGCUCAUCUCAAAGGCAUCCCGCUCAAAUUCAAUUACGUCGACUUGAGCACAAGAGGGCACCAUGACGCAAAAUACAAAGAUGAACUGAACCCAAGCGCUAGUGUGCCGACCCUGGUUGUGCAUCACCCCGACGGCAACAAGACCGUCAUCCGACAAUCCAUGACAAUCCUAGAGUACUUUGAAGAAAGAUUCCCGGAUCAGAGUCCUCUGUUGCCACCUGUUUCUGCUUGGCAGGAUCGCAUCAAGGUACGCGACCUAGUCAACAUCAUCGCGAUCGAUGUCCAAGCGCCCACCAACUCCCGGAUUGCCAAGCGCGUCAGGUCCGUGCGAGAUAACGUGGAGGAUCAGGUCGACUUCGUUAGGCAGGCUUUCACAGAUGGCUUCCAGGCGUAUGAAGCCCUGAUCUCCGCAACAAGCAAGUAUUCUUUCGGCGAGCAGGUGACAUUGGCCGAUGUUGUGUUGGUUCCCGCGGUCGAUCAGGCACUGAUGUACAAAAUGGAUCUUGAAUUUGUGCCCAAACUCUUGAGAGUCUAUCAGUCACUAAAAGAGUUAGAGGCUUUCAAGGCCGGAGAUGAGAAAAACCAGGGUGAUACCCCGGAGCAGUUCCGGGCCGCUUCCCAGUAGCUCUGGCCAUUAUGCGGGGUGUCCCAGUUGGUGGGUACUAAAUACGUCUGCCGGGACACGUUUGUACAUACCAUAUCUGUUCCAUGAGAAGUUGAUAGUCCCGUAAAUUAACCUGACAAGUGC